GAAACACUGCUGAAGGGAGGGAUCAGCUAAAAAUAGCUGCAUCUGUUUCUCCCUCACACACUGGAAGCAGUCACACUCUGCAAACUUUCCCCACAGUUCAACUUGCCACUAAAGUGUUACACUAUUUCUUUCCUCUCUUUCUUUAGUACUUUUGGUAGAAAUUUGUUGAGGUGACUAUGUCUGAAUCAGCAGAAACUGACAACAGACAGCCAGCAAAGACACAAUGGUAUGACCGCAAAAAUUAUGUGUUUGUUGAGUUCUGUGUAGAAGAUAGCAAAGAUGUUGAUGUUAAAAUUGAAAAAUACAGACUGAUCUUCAGUUGCAAAUCAGCAGAUAACACAGAGCUCUACAAUAACAUCGAACUGUUCAGCAAAGUGGAGCCAAAUGAUUCAAGACACAAAUGUUCUGGUAGGUCUAUAACACUCUUCAUGAGGAAAGUUGAUGGUAAAAAAGCUUGGCCGAGACUGACCAAAGAAAAAACUAAGCAUGCCUGGUUAACAGUGGACUUUGAUAACUGGAAGGACUGGCAUGAUGAUGAUGAGCAGAUGAUUGACUUGGAACACUACGCAAAUAUGCUGAAAGAACUGAAGAAUACUGGGCCCCCUCCUGCCAUGGAUGAUCUUGAUUUUGAGACCUUGGUGGUAUCAUGUACUCCAGCAGAGUUGAAAAUCACUGUGAAUGGGAAAAAAGAAACUCUGAAAGGUUUUAACGUGAUUCUUGAGGACACUCUGCUGUUUCCAGAGGGAGGUGGACAGCCUGAUGACCGUGGGUUUAUAAAUGACAUUCCUGUGUUACGAGUGACAAGGCAUGGGCCAGAGGCUAUUCACUUUGUGCAAUCACCCUUGGAGCCUUUAUCUAAGGUUCAGGUGAAGAUCGACUGGGAAAGACGGUUUGACCACAUGCAGCAACAUUCAGGGCAACAUUUAAUUACAGCCAUAGCAGAUUUGAUGUUUGGUUUCAAAACGACCUCUUGGGAGCUGGGCCGUCAGCGUAGUUUCAUUGAACUGGACACACCUUCAGUGACGGGUGAGCAGGUUGAAGCUCUGGAAGUAGCAGUAAAUGAGAAAAUCAGGGAACACAUUCCUGUCAAUGUGCGAGUUGUAUCUGUAGAUGACCCAGAGGUAGAAAAGGUGAGAAGUCGGGGUUUACCAGAUGAUCAUGCUGGCCCAGUCCGAAUUAUCGAUAUUGUCGGAAUUGAUGCAAAUAUGUGCUGUGGAACGCACGUAUCAAAUCUCAGUCAUCUACAGGUCAUCAAAAUUUUAGGAACAGAUAAAGGAAAGAAGAACAAAACAAACUUAAUUUUCCUGGCUGGCAAUAGAGUCUUAAAAUAUGCAGAGAAAAGCUACACAGUGGAAAAAUCUUUAACAUCAAUUCUCAAGAAUGGACCAGAGGAACACAUUGAAGCUGUGGAUAAAUUGCAAAAAUCAGUCAAAUUGCUACAGAAGAACAAUCUAAACCUACUCAGGGAUUUGGCUCUGUUAACAGCAAAAAGCUUUAGGAAUGAUCCAAACAAGGGCAAGUUAUUAGUUUUGCAUAGAAAAGAUGGGGACAAUGAAUUUAUGAAUAUUGUAGCAAAUGAAGUUAGUGCUGAGGUAGUGCUUGCAUUUCUUACAGUGGGUGAUGAAAAAGGAGCAGGCCUAUUCCUAUUAACAGGUCAAGUGGAUGCUGUCGAAGCACUAGGUUCAAAGGUUGCUCAAAUUCUUGAUGGAAAAGGUGCCGGAAAGCGGGGACGUUAUCAAGGUAAAGCAAACAAGAUGAGCAAACGGCCAGAGGUGGAGGCCCUCCUUUGGGAAUACAUGAGCACAUUGGACACAAAAGAGGAAUGAAGACACACAGUGAAUACUAAUGUAAAUUUACAUGUAGAAUACCAUUUUGUCUUUUUAAAAGAACUUCAUCUUGACCAUUUGCUCUUUGAAAUGUAGUCCUACAGUAUAUCUGUGUCCACCACUACGUUUUGAGUGCAAAUGUUGCCAAGGCUGGCUCUGAAGGAAAAGGAGCGAGAUCACCUCUUCCAAGGACUGUCAUUCCUGCUCCUUGAAAUACUGGACACAGCCAUGACUUCCUAGUGUUUGCACUAUAACUGUGGGGUUAAGGUGAAAUAUCAGCACGACAGUCUGAGUGAAUGUAUACAUGAUCACUCCAUUUACUACUGAAUAGGGUUCAAUGCUGAUCUGUACUUAGUGUGCACCAUGUGAUAUACUCCAUCAAUAAAAUAUUUUGUCUUUUAA